AAACUACAACACCUGGCUUUAUAUGAAUGAUAAAACAAUUAUAGACAUGCGUUUGAAACAAAUUUCAUGACGGGAUGAAAGUCGGCGGAAUGAUAUCGCAAUAUUACUUCCAUUUGGUGCUUCACGCAAUUGUCAUUUUUAAAAAAUGUGUAGAGUGUAUACCGUGAUUUUCAUUGCUGCCAUAGCAACCAUACCUUACACCACUUCGUCACUAGACACUACACACCACAAUUCUCUACCGUCUAUGAAAUAUCGGAGGUUUUUGUUUACCCAGAAUCUGACUAACAGUAUGUGUAACCUGUUUUGUCCUCGCAUGUGUCCACAAGGCUAUGUGCGGUCACCAAGUGGCUGUUUUCUGUGCCAAUGUAUAACCACCAAUCCGCAUAGCUCAACAGCUUCACCAACAAACUUUAGUACAGUACAACAUACGCAUCAGCAAUACUCUCCAGUCAAUGGUGGUGUAUUUCUUAGUAACCCCUGUAACCCGGCCGUACGUCAUUGUCGUCUGCAAUGCGCCGACGGAUAUCAAGAGGGAACCAAUGGUUGUUUAUAUUGCGGAUGUCGAUCUACGACAGUCAAUCAGAUUUCAACGCUUCCUCAAGUAGUGAAAAGUACAAUGGCAUCAACAAUUACGUCCACACGUCCUGUGGUACAACAAACAACAACAGCUAUAAAGGCUACACGUACGACUGUUAAACAAACAACAUUAGCACCAACAUUAAACCCUACAACAGUUAGAACAACAACAAUAACAAUACCAAUUACUACAACAAAAGAUACAGACUUCAGUGAUCCGUGCAUUCCUUCCCACAAGAGAUGUACUAAGCCAUGUAAUGGAAAUUAUGUUAAAGGACCAGGAGGUUGUCAAUAUUGUCUAUGUGCUAGAAAUAUUCCGGAAGAACUCCGUACAACAAGCUCGCCACAAAAUUCAAAGUUUAGUGUGAAUACAACAAUACCACAAUACCUAGAUCUUUCACCGACAUCUGAAGCUUGCAUAUUAGCUAAGGUUAUAUGUAACCAGAAAUGUGAUCACGGAUUUAUAAGUCACCCAGACGACUGUCUGUUUUGUUCCUGCCAAAACCAAUCUGAUGACCCAAUGAACGAUAUUCCGUUAAACUUUGAAGUGACCCUGCCAAACCCCUGCAUCCAACAUGAAGAAUUAUGCCGUAUCAAAUGCCUAAAUGGCUACGUCAUAGGACCACGUGACUGUCAAUUUUGCUCGUGCAGAAAUUAGAAAAUAUAAUGUAAUUAGAAUAAUAGUAACUAAAGAUCUGACAUGGAAUACUUUAUAAUAAUGGCAAUUUGAACAAUUAAAGUCAUUGAAACUUGAAUAAUAAUAAUAAAAAUGUGUUUGAAUUUAG